AUUUUUUUUUUGGCCAGCAGCGCAGAAAAAGCAGCUGAAAGCUGGAAAAGACAGCAUAAAUCGCCGUGUCGAUUCGAGACGAUUGAAACGCCGCGCGCCCGCCUUUUGCAGUGGACUGUCAACCGUUUGCCGUUUUUCAUUUUUGGCCAUCGAGCACGGAAUAUGAGUGAUACGCGUGAGCAGAUUCUGGAGCAAAUCAAAGUGCAAGGCGAUCUCGUCCGUCAAUUGAAAGCAGCGAAGGAGUCGAAGGAGAAGGUCAGUUUUUGGUCGUACUUCCAGUUGGAAACCGACUCCCUCCCUCCACCCAGCACUACCACUUCCACCAUCCAACCCCCCCACCCGUCAGCAACGCGUCCGCCUUCCAGUGUCAUCCCCCUUUGUGUGUGUACAAUGGAAUAAGUGCAAUUGUUGCCGUAAUUCCCGGCCCUGCUUUCGUCAUCAAAUUCGAAAUCCCACUCGCAUACAUAUUUCAUCAGAUCGUCAUGCAGUUGAGAAUAAGGGAAAUAACAAAAAACACACACAUGCUGCGCUGGCAUUUGGAGUUGUUCGAAAUCUUCGUUUUUGCAGUGUAAUAAUUAGAUGAAUGUAACAUCGGAAGAGCGGUGCAAAGGAAAAACGGCAAAUUAAAGGAGCGCGCAGACUUUCACAUUUACAUUCGCAUUCGCACAUUCGUGCCACUCUGUUGUUAUUGUUGUCUCGCUCUGGCCAACGGCAAAUGCACUGCUUCUGUGUGCGUGUGUGUUAGUGUUGUGCACAGUGAUGCCAAACUAUUGUCCCGACUAUUUGGCUGGAAAGUAGCUUAAAUUAGCAGUGCUGUCCGAAGCUGUGACUAAUAGAAGCAAUUGUUUAUAUUAAUCUCUUGCUGAUGUUUGAAAAGUUGCAAAAGAAAGUUGUUGCAAGUGAAAAACGACAAAAAAUUAGUAACUUAAAAAAAAAAAGAAAAAAAUAACAUGUUGCGUUCAAUUGGCCGCCAGUGGCGCUGUAGUGCUGCGUUUCAGUGUGCAACGUUCCAGACGGCGCCCUCUGGCGGCGGACGCGUCAGCUCGUCCGGCGUUCCAGCCCAACGACAACAACAACAACAGCCACAAAAACAACAACAAGCACAAGUACAACAACAACAACAUGAGCAACUGCAUCAGAUCGAUGAGGAGGUCGCCCGCCUACUGGCCCUAAAGGCCACUCUUGGCGGAGAUGCCGCCCCCACCAAUCAGAAGUUCACGCUAAAGACGCCCAAAGGCACACGGGACUAUGGUCCUCAGCAGAUGACCCUGCGCCAGGGCGUCCUGGACAAGAUCGUCCAGGUGUUCAAGCGCCACGGCGGCGAAGCCAUCGAUACGCCCGUGUUCGAGCUGAAGGAAGUGCUGACGGGCAAGUACGGCGAGGACUCAAAGCUGAUCUACGACUUGAAGGAUCAGGGCGGUGAGAUCCUAUCGAUGAGGUAUGACUUGACCGUGCCGCUGGCUCGUUACCUGGCGAUGAACAAGAUCUCGAGCAUCAAGCGCUACCACAUCGCCAAGGUCUAUCGACGCGACAAUCCGGCAAUGACCAAGGGUCGCUAUCGGGAGUUCUACCAAUGUGACUUCGACAUCGCCGGCACCUACGAUCCCAUGCUGCCGGAUGCCGAGUGCGUCAAGAUUGUGUCGGAGAUACUGGACACGCUGGACAUUGGAGACUAUGUGAUAAAGCUAAAUCACCGCCAGCUUUUGGACGGCAUGUUCCAGGCGUGCGGAGUGCCGGCGGAUAGCUUCCGCACCAUCUGCUCAGCGGUGGAUAAGUUGGAUAAGUCGCCCUGGGCGGAUGUGCGCAAGGAGAUGGUGGAUGAGAAGGGUCUGGACGAGGCAGCAGCGGAUCGAAUUGGCGAGUACGUGCGACUGAGCGGCGGUGCCGAGCUGGUGGAACAACUGCUGGCCAACGAGAAGCUCAAGGCUGUGCCAAAUGCCGUAAAGGGUCUGGAGGGCAUGAAGCAGCUCCUUAAGUACUGUUCCAUAUUCGGUCUGGAUAAGCGAGUUAGCUUCGAUUUGAGUCUGGCCCGUGGCCUGGACUACUACACCGGUGUUAUCUACGAAGGUGUGCUCAAGGGAGAGUCCGCCACCGUGGCAUCUCCGGCGAAGACAUCACAGCAGAACGGAGAGCAGGCGAACGAGCCGGCCACCGUGGGAUCCGUGGCUGGAGGCGGUCGCUACGACAACCUGGUGGGCAUGUUCGAUCCGCGCGGCAAGGCUGUGCCCUGCGUGGGCGUGUCUAUUGGCGUGGAGCGCAUUUUCUCGGUUCUGGAGGCGCGGGCGGCUGCAAGCGGUCUGAAGUUGCGAACCAGCGACGUGGAGGUUUACGUGGCCUCCGCCCACAAGGGUCUCCACGAGCAGCGUCUGAAGGUUCUGAACCUGCUGUGGGAUGCGGGCGUGAAGGCGGAGCACUCUUACAAGCUGAACCCUAAGCUGUUAGUACAGCUGCAGCACUGCGAGGAGCACCAGAUUCCUCUGGUGGUUGUCCUCGGCGACGCAGAGCUGGCGCAGGGAUUGGUCAAACUGCGUGAGGUGACCACGCGCGAGGAGACCAACGUAAAGCUUGAGGAUCUGGCCGCCGAGAUCCGGCGACGGCAGCAAGCCUCCGCCUAGGCUCUUUUCACGACACUGAUAUUAGCGACACUUAAACGCUCCCGCUCCUAAUUUAUGAACCAUCCAGCAUCGAAGUAUAUGAAUUUUUUUUUCCUAUUUGUACGUUUUGUAUUCUUGGUGUCCUGGCCGGAGGCGCCGCGUGCUACUAUGCUUAGGUCUACAGUGUAACCAUAGGAAUAAGUGCGGACAACUUAUACCAAAAUGAACACUAAAAAGAAACAAAUAAACGCAGAAGCGACUCGCAUUU